UUUUGUAUGUUCGGAUCAACGCCGCAGAUUGGUAGGCGGCUGGCCGACAUGGCGGGCACGUGUAGUGAGUGAGUUGUCCGACAAGAUAACAUCGGCAGCAAAUUAACAGAGAAGUUGCCGGGGUUUUGUGAGGGUUGCAGUAGCGGUGGGAAAGGCGUUUGUUGUGGGUGAAGGAUGACGUUGAAUUGACCCGUAUCGAAUGCAAGUUAUGCUUGUCCUGGUACGCAUGCACUCAUGUAUGCAGGGUGGAGGCCGGGCUCGAGGCUCGGAAGGGGGCUGAGGAGCGGAGCGAGAGGGUGGUGGCAGAGUGGCAGGCUACCCUCAAGGCCGGGGAGGUGGACGAGGAGGUUCGAAAACAGGAACUCAAGGCGGUGGAGAAGCUGGAGGUUCUCUUGAAGGUGUACCUGCAGGAUGAGGAGAGAAAAGAGAGGAGAGAGAGGGUGCAGCUGGCAGAGCAAGGGCGCUGUGACACAGCCUCGCGGUGGGAGGGGGUCUACGGACAGGGCGGCGCUGGGCGGAGGGCUAUGGCGGCGGCGCUAGGCCCGUGCGAAGACAACACCGCUGAGAGGGAAGCAGCUGCGAAGGUCCGCGCGGCGCGGGCGGCGGCAAGGGCACGUCGCGACGCUGACGAAAGCCAAGAACAGAAAAACAAGAACAAGAACAAGAAAAGAAACAGCAGCAGGGGGAACCGUGACCGUGGGGGAAGCGGAGGAGAAGGUAGUAGAAAAAGGAAUCGCGGUGCCGGGGGCGGUGGCUUGGAAGAAGGUGCCUCGACCGUCGAAGACAUUCUUGGACUCGAGUGGGUGGUAGAUAUGACUGCCGACGACGAUGGUGGUGCUUUCAGAGAUCGUGGGACCGGGGGAAAUCGUGAAUCCGGUGGCGGUAGCGGUAGCGGCACCGUAAACGGUGAUGGUGGACGGAACAGGGAGGAGGAAGAUGCGCAGACGACCGCGCUGAGCUUGAAGGCGUACGUGAAGCAGCGGCAGGCGGGGAGCGCGGCGGCCAACGGGGGUCGGGGCCAAGCGAAGGCGGGGGAGAAGAGAGCGGAGGAGUUGCGCAAGACGGCGCUCUUGGGCCCUGUGCUGAACGACGGAGAGAGGGGUGUCUACCUCGGGCUGACGAUCCUCUUGAGGCUGGCGGGGCUCCCCCUGCUGUCCCCGCUCCGCGGCCUGGCGGCGGCGUUCGGAUUCUUGCGAGACUGGGCAGCGAGGGCCGCGGCUGGGCUUGCGGCAUCGGAGUCGUGGGGCCUGACCCCUGCCUCGACGGUGCGGGUCGCCCUCGAGGACUACCGGGAUCGCGGGCUGCCGGGAAUAAGCCCGCACCUGGACUACCGAAGGUACCCGACCCUGCGCUCCGUCGUUCUCCGCUGGGACGAGUUCUUGCACGGAAACGGGAAGUUCUUGCUGGUGAUGUGGGACGCUCCCGUCGCUUUGUGGGACUUCUGUUUUCCGUACCGAGACGACGAGUACGAGAGGCCAGAGGCGGCCAUGUUACGCGAGGGAAUAGCGCGCGCCAGGGCGAUACUGCAGGAGAGAAAGCCCGACACCGCCGGAGGGGGGGGACGGGGGAAGCGGCGACGAGAAGAGUCGGAAGCGAAGCGCUUGUCCGGGCUUGACCUUGGGGAGGGCUCGAGGUUCGCAGCGUUGGCGGGAAAAUGUCUUGAUCUUGAGGAAGGGGGCUACCUCUACAGCCUGUGCCCCUUCAAGGAUGCUAAGCAGGACAAGCACAGCCUGGGUCGGUGGAGAGGGUGGGGAACGGGCGGCCGCGGCCUGCCGGGGCGAGGACGGAACCGGGUAAUGCUGUUCGACGGAGGUAGCCGUUGCCACAACAAGCAGAGGUCUUGCGAGGUGUCGGUGGAGUGCGGGCCCGAGGACGCCCUCGUCGCCGCGGAGGAGAUCGAGAUUGGGACCUACCACCUCAGACUGGAGACCCCUCUGGCGUGCACCGAGGCUCACGUGGCGGAGGCCGAGCUAGGGCUGGAGGCCCUUGGCUUGGUUCGGCCGUCGGCGCGGGCGGGGCUGCGACCUGAAGAGGAGGGAACCUUUUCUUCUUCGGGGAGCGUGGAGGGAUGUGGCACAGCGGGCGCAGCAGGCGUCUGCGCCAAGCGGGAGUUGUAGUUGUGUUCUUAAGCAGGCAUGGCCACCAUGUACACAAGAGAGAACUAAGUGUUUUCGGGUUUUAUUGGAAAGCUGGGAGCCGUGGGAGUGAGUGAGCGUUCUACGAAAUUAACGAACUCCUAGAUGCGACAGACGUGGUGUGCCCCGCCUACCCAGAAUAUCUCAGCUGUUGGUUGGUGUGUCGAAAGUAAAAGGGAUAUUGCCUGCUUGUACCUCGGCAUGUACAUGCCGUGCCGUUUUCGCGUACAAACUUUGUAGGGGUGUACGCGGUAUCCAGACUCUCGCGCUUGAUGUGGGCAUCAGCUCGUGUCAGAUGUAGGACACCUACCUACUCCAUCGGCUCUGAUGCAUGUGUACAAACAACGCAAGAUGUAUCUCCACACGUACACUCUUACGCUUCGCCUGCUGUCCUCCAGCGAGGCGCCCACUAAGCCCCCAACACACCACCUGGCUUGUUUGUCGGCAUUAUUGCGGGAGUUUCGUCUGCACGACACGCGCAAACUCGCCGACCCAUGUAUUCCCACGCACCCCUCUCGUAUAUUCUCGAAAUCAUUGAAAGGCCCGAAAGCACACCAGCAAACAUAAAGAGCGAACACCACAGCACAUAAAAACGAAAAUGAUCAGGUCUCAUCAGUGUUUUAUUCUCAGGUACAUUUUUCUUCCUCACACAUUUAACAUGCCACGCCACAGAGUGCGCUUUUGAUCUACACACGACCCGGCCGAAGAAACCGUCAACGGCAAGCAAUGUUCCCGCUACCACACCGUAUACAAGCGACACCGCACCAAAAAAAACGGGGGGAGGG